GAGCCGGGGCAGCGGCGAGCAGGCGGCCGCCCGGGCAGAGCUGAGCACCCCCCCGGGCUGAGCUGAGCCCUCCCCCGGGCAGAGCAGAGACCCCUCGGGCAGCGCCGAGCCCCCCGCUUCGGGCUCCUCUCCCUUCCCCCUUCCCCCCCCGCACCCCGACUAUGCUGAAUGUCGCCGGGGAGCUCUCAGGAGAUUCUUGGGGGAUCCUCACCUUCCUGUGCGCCGCACUCUGCAACCUGCCGGCGCUGCCGGCCCUGAACUGCACCGAGGAGCCGGGCGCCGGCCAGAACAUCCAGAAAACCUACGACCUGACCCGCUACCUGGAGCACCAGCUCCGCACCCUGGCCGGCACCUACCUGAACUACCUGGGCCCCCCUUUCAAUGAGCCCGACUUCAACCCUCCUCGCCUGGCACACGCCGAGCGGGUGCCCAGCGCCACGGUGGACCUGGACCUGUGGCGGGGGCUGACCGACAACGCGCGGCUGGCAGCCAACUACCGCGCCUACAGCCGGCUGCUGUGCUACCUGCGGGCGCUGGACGGGCAGACGGGCACGGCCGAGCUGCGCCACCGCCUGGGCCACUUCUGCUCCAGCCUGCAGGGGCUGGUGCUCAGCAUCGCCGGCGUCAUGUCGUCGCUGGGGUACCCGCUGCCCGUCGGACCCUCGGCUCCCCCCGGCUCCCCAGGGGCCCCCAAUGAUUUCUUGAAGAAGAUGGAUGAUUUUUGGCUGCUGAAGGAGCUGCAGACCUGGCUCUGGCGCUCGGCCAAGGACUUCAACCGCCUCAAGAAGAAGGUGCCGCCCGCCGUGGUCACGUUGCGCCUGGAGACCAGGGGCUUCUGAGCCCCCCCACACUCCCCCCUCCCCGGGCCCUGCCAUGGCCCCCCCCCACUGCCUGGCUGGGAUGGGGAUGGGGCUCCUCACCCCGACAGGCCACCACGGGUCCCUGCUGUCACCACGCUGUGCAUUGAGGGAUGGGGCUCCUGACCCCAAAGUGCCACCAAAGCCACCUCACGUCCCCACCAUUAUCACAGUGCCUUGAAGGGUGAGGCUUCUGACCCCAAAGUGCCACCAAAGCCACCCCAUGGCCCCACCAUCACCUCACUGUGCCUUAAGGGAUGGGGCUUCUGGCCCCAAACUGCCACCCAAGCCCCACCACAGCCCCACCAUCACCUCACAGUGCCUUGAAGGGUGAGGCUUCUGACCCCAAAGUGCCACCAAAGCCACCCCAUGGCCCCACCAUCACCUCACUGUGCCUUAAGGGAUGGGGCUUCUGGCCCCAAACUGCCACCCAAGCCCCACCACAGCCCCACCAUCACCUCACAGUGCCUUGAAGGGUGAGGCUUCUGACCCCAAAGUGCCACCAAAGCCACCCCAUGGCCCCACCAUCACCUCACUGUGCCUUAAGGGAUGGGGUUCCUGACCCCAAGCUGCCACCAAAGCCACCUCACAUCCCCAUCAUCACCUCACUGUGCCUUAAAGGAUGGGGCUCUUGACCCCAAACUGCCACCAAACUCACCCCAUGGCCCCAUCUCCAUGCUUUGCCAUAAGGGAUAGGGUUCGUGACCCCAAAGUGCCACCAAAGCCUCCCCAUAGUCCCCUCUCCAUCACCAGGGUGUCUUAGGGGUCAAGGACUCCUGACCCCAAAGUACUACCAAACUCACUCCAUGGCCCCACCAUCUCCAUGCUGUGCCUUGAAGGAUGGGACUCAUGAGCCCAAAGCACCAUCAAAGUCACCCCAUGGCCCCACCAUCACCUCACUGUGCCUGUAGGGAUGGGGCUCACGAUCCCAAACUGCCAUCAAAGUCACCCCAUAUCCCCACUGUGUCCUUGCUAUACCUAAAGGGAUGGGGCUUAUGACCCCCAAGUGCCACCAAAGCCAUCCCACUAUCAUCACAGUGCCUUAAGGGAUGGGGCUUGUGAAGUCAAAGUGCCAUCUCAUAUCCCCUCUGUCACCUCACUGUGCCUUGAGGGAUGGGGUUCCUGACCCCAAACUGCCACCAAAGCCCCCCCACCACCUCACUGUGCCAUAAGGGAUGGGGUUCCUGACCUCAAAGUGCCACCAAAGCCCCCCCCCAUGGCUCCCCCAUCACCUCAUUGUGCCUUAAGGGAUGGGGUUCCUGACACCAAAGUGCCAACAAAGACACCCCAAUCACCUCACUGUGCCAUAAGGGAUGGGGUUCCUGACCCCAAAGUGCCAACAAAGUCCCCCCCAUGGCCCCACCACCACCUCACUGUGCCAUAAGGGAUGGGGUUCCUGACCCCAAAAUGCCACCAAAGCCCCCCCCAUCACUUCACUGUGCCAUAAGGGAGGGGGUUCUUGACCCCAAAGUGCCACCAAAGCCCCCCCUAUCACCUCACUGUGCCAUAAGGGAUGGGGUUCCUGACCCCAAAGUGCCAACAAAGUCCCCCCCAUGGCCCCACCAUCACCUCACUAUACCUUAAGGGAUGGGGUUCCUGACCCCAAAAUGCGACCAAAGUUCCCCCAUGGCCCCACCAUCACCUCACUGUGCCUUAAGGGAUGGGGUUCUUGACCCCAAAGUGCCACCAAAGCCCCCCCAUGGCCCCACCAUCACCUAACUGUGUCUUAAGGGAUGGGGUUCCUGACCCCAAAGUGCCACCAAAGCCCCCCCAUCACCUCAUUGUGCCAUAGAGGAUGUGGUUCCUGACCCCAAAGUGCCACCAAAGCCCCCCCAUGCCCCCCACCCCGGGGCUGGAGGGGGGGGUGGGUGUCACAUCUGGCUCCUCCCCCCGCCCCAAGCUCCACCCACCACGACCCAAAGCCCCGCCCACCCCGAAACGGACCAAUCCCGCCCGCGCGUACGCAUAAGCCCCGCCCCCUCGCGCUAAGCCCCGCCCCUGUCCGUGUUUAUUUAUUGGAGAUGUUAUUUAUUGGGGUAUUUAUUGCAGAAGAUCUAUUCUUGUACGAACGGAUUAAAGCCUUUC